GGGAAACGCCUAUUUGUGUUGCCACCAGUCACAGUUGGCCGAAGUUGCCCUCGGCAGCACGUUACUUUUGACAGAAAGGAGGAACUGUCGAUCACGUUAGAACUUUUGUGACAGCAGCAUGCCGUCUCCAGGUGAGAACUCUCUCUUUGGGAUGGGAAAUCCCUUACUGGACAUCAUUGCUGUUGUGGACAAGGACUUCCUUGACAAGUACGGACUGAAGCCUAAUGACCAGAUCCUCGCUGAAGAAAAACACAAAGCCUUGUUUGAAGAACUUGUCAAGAGGAACAAAGUUGAAUAUCAUGCUGGUGGUUCCACCCAGAACUCUGUGAAAAUUGCCCAGUGGAUGAUCCAGAAACCCCACAAGGUGGCCACUUUCUUCGGGUGCAUCGGUACAGACCACUUCGGAAAGAUCCUGAAGAAGAAGGCCGAAGAAGCCCACGUCGAUGCCCGCUACUAUGAGCAAAGCGAGCAGCCGACCGGUACCUGCGCUGCCUGUAUCACUGGGGACAAUAGGUCCCUUGUUGCUAACCUGGCAGCGGCAAACUGCUACAAAAAGGAAAAACACCUGGACUUGGACAGCAACUGGGAACUGGUGAAGAAAGCCAAGGUCUAUUAUAUUGCGGGUUUUUUCCUCACUGUGUCCCCGGAGUCGAUCCUGAAAGUGGCGAAGCAUGCUUCAGAAAACAACAAAAUCUUCUGCAUGAACCUGUCGGCUCCAUUCAUCAGCCAAUUCUUUAAGGAGCCCUUGAUGAAGGUCAUGCCUUACGUUGACAUCCUGUUUGGCAAUGAGACGGAGGCGGCCACGUUCGCCAAGCAGCUGAGCUUCGAGACUGACGACAUUGGAGAGAUUGCCAAAAAGGCCCGGAACCUUCCGAAGGAGAACACUGAGAGGCAGCGAGUUGUGGUCUUCACCCAGGGCAAGGAGGACACGUAUGCAACUGUCGGUGAGCGAGCGAUUGCUUUCCCCGUUGUGGACAUCGACCAGAAUGAAAUCGUGGACACUAAUGGAGCAGGAGAUGCCUUCGUGGGAGGUUUCCUCUCUGCAUUGGUCCAGGAGCAGUCAUUAGAGGAGUGCAUUCGGGCUGGACACUACUCUGCAAACGUGAUCAUCCAACGGGUCGGGUGCACCUUCCCAGAGAAGCCAAACUUUCACUGAUGCACCUGAAUGCCGCACAUCACUGUCUUUUCCUGAGAUAUUUCUUUGUGUACACUUCAGGAUUUUCUGUAAUUCUUUUCUAUUUACAGUGGCUGCAUGGGACUAACUAAUACAGCUUUAAUAUUUUCUAAAACUUGAAUCAGCACCUCAGAUAUUUUAAUACUAUUUAAACCAUGUACUUGUGUCAUAUAUGGGAAUAGUACAUUUAUGUUUACAACAAUACUCCAACUAAAAUCUGUCUUCUGAGUACAAAGUACUUGCUCUGGGCUUCAUGGAUUGUGCUGAAAAGUUUGUACGUCACUUUCAUCAAAGCAGGUCAACACUGAUCAUAACUUCCCAUGCAACAGUCUGAUGUGAUUUGUCAUCGACAUUUUGAGCAUAAGGCCUUUCCUUGUUAGGAAUAUAUUGAAAAAAUUGGAGUGGUCUUUUAUUCGGGGUGUACUUUAGCGUGUUAUAUAUACUCAACAAAAAUAUAAACGUAACACUUUUGGUUUUGCUCCCAUUUUGUAUGAGAUGAACUCAAAGAUCUAAAACUUUUUCC